AUGCGGGCGCCACUCUGCCUGCUGCUGCUCCUCGCCCACGCAGUGGAUAUGCUUGCCCUGUACCGAAGGAAGAAGCAAGCAGGCACUGGUCUGGGGGGCAACUGCACGGGCUGUGUCAUAUGCUCGGAGGAGAACGGCUGUUCCACCUGCCAGCAGAGGCUCUUCCUCUUCAUCCGCCGCGAAGGCAUCCGUCAGUACGGCAAGUGUGUGCAUGACUGCCCCCUCGGCUUCUUCGGGAUCCGUGGCCAGGAGGCCAACAGGUGCAAGAAAUGCGGGGCCACAUGCGAGAGCUGUUUCAGCCAGGACUUCUGUAUCCGCUGCAAAAGGCGGUUUCACCUGUACAAAGGGAAAUGCCUGCCCACCUGUCCACCGGGCACCUUGACCCACCAGAGUACCCGGGAGUGCCAGGAAGAGUGUGAGCCGAGCCCUUGGGGCAGCUGGAGUCCCUGCAUCCACAAUGGAAAGACCUGUGGCUCAGGCUGGGGCCUAGAGACCCGGGUGCGAGAGGCUGGUCCAGCCAAGCAGGAAGAGACAGCGAGUUGCCGAGUGUUAUCUGAGUCCAGGAAGUGUCCUAUAAAGAGGCCCUGCCCAGGAGAAAGAAAUCCCAGGCAGAAGAACAGGAAGGACCGGCGUCAGCGCAAGGACAGGAGGUUGGAGCGCAGGCCACGCCGGCGUGGCCCACAGUCAGUGACCAGCUCACAGUGA